AUGUAUGUCAGAUCCAUUUGGCAUGGGGAGGGCGGGGAAUCUACGACCGUCAACCUGGUUGCGAUCAACGAGAGUACUGGCUACAUCGCGACCUGUUCGCGUAUGAAACUCUGUCUGCAUACUAUCAACGCCCAGCAUAUAGCAACGCUGGACCUUACCACAACGCCAUCCUAUUCAAGACUCGUCCCUACCAUUACAGCCAUGGCGUUCCAUGAACGCGACUACUCCUACCUUGGGGUGCUGGCGACUGGAGCCCCUGAUGGUACCAUCACCUUGCGAACCUGGACAGCUGACGGGACUCCGGAAGGGGAGAAGGCACAAUGGGAGUUCCUUGCUAUUUGGACUAUGAAAGCUAGAAUGGGGGGACGAGGAAUACAUCGGCCUCCAAGUAUUACCGCGUUGAAGUUCCUUGGGGAACAAAUGUAUCAUGGGGAAGAGACUGGGAAGUCUUUUGUGUGGACUUUCCCCGAGUGA